AGCUUACUGCUUGUUUAUCGGACACAAACAAUUUUCAGCUGCGCUCUUUUCUUAUUUCUUUAUUUGUUUUUUUAUUUUUAUUAUUUGUUUCAUUAACUGGGAGUGCAAACAUGUCGGAGCUGGAUGUUGAAGCGCAGGGAGAGAUGAGAGACAGCGGCAAGAAGAAGAAAAAGAAAAAGAAGGAGAAGCGGAGGGUCAAUGAGGAGAAGGAGGAGGAGGAGGAGCAGGUGGAGAGGGAAGAGGAACCGGGUGAGAGCGUGUUGAUGCGAGGCAUCUUCAAAGUGGGGAAAAAGAGCCAUGACGUCCUGCUCACAAGAAUCAAACUGACCUGGACUCCGAUCAUCCCGGAGAGUCCCACAGGCGAUGGGACCGUGCUGGAGGCAGGUGCGGUGCUGCUGCAGGACGUUUUCGCCGUGAAGGUGAAACGGAGGCGAGCCGCGACCCAGCAGUCGGGGGGAGCCGUACUCGGCCUUGCUCUCUUCCACUGCAGGAGGAGAGGGAGGCGGCUGGAGGAGGACACACUGCACCUCCACAACGCCUCUGCAGAACAUACUCACUCCUGGUACAACACUCUGAAAGAACUGCUAUCAGGGUUCAGCAGCCGGCCCAGGUAUGUGAAGGUGUUCAUCAACCCAAGCAGCCACAAGAAGGAGGCCGUUCAUAUCUACAGAGACCAUGUGGCUCCCCUUUUCAAGAUGGCUGACAUCCGCACCGAUAUCACAGUAACCGAUAGGAAGGGUCAUGCUCUCUCAGUGAUGAAGGAAUGCAAACUGGAUGAAUAUGAUGGGGUGGUGUGUGUUGGUGGGGACGGAUCGGUGGCAGAACUGUGCCACGCUCUGGUUCUCAGAGCUCAGCUAGAUGCCAAUUCUCCAGAAAAACCAGUGAGAGCAGUGCUGCCACUGGGAAUCAUUCCUGCUGGUUCUACAGACGUGGUUUCCUGUUCGGUCCAUGGGGUCAGAGAUCCAGUCACAGCUGCCCUCCACAUUGUUUUAGGUCACCUGCAGCAGGUAGACAUGUGCAGCUUCUCGUCUAACGGCCAGCUGGUGCGUUUCGGAUUCUCUGCUAUGUUUGGUUUUGGUGGCCGCAGCUUAGCCCGGGCAGAGAAGAAGAGGUGGAUGCCAUCGUCACGGCGACGAGAGUACGCUUUGGUGAAGACGUUGGCCAGGCUCAGACCAGAAGAUUGUCAGCUGUCAUUUCUACCUGCAAAAAGCUCAAACAGCAGUUUUUCUGCACACCGAGACCAGGGCAAAGAUCCAACAAAGAAGCCAGACUCAGAGAUGGAGGAGUCUUGGAUAACCAAUCAGGGGUUGUACCUAAGCAUCAGCAUCAUGUCUAUCCCCUGCCUGAGUCCACAUGCACCUCAGGGAUUGGCGCCAAACACCAGUUUAGACAACGGCAGCGCCUCACUGAUUGCAGUAGGUAAUGCUUCCAGGUCAGAGUUCAUCAAGCACCUCAAGAGGUACAGCAGCUCUAGCGGACAGUUCAGCUUCCCUUUUGUGGAGACACACUCAGUGUCAGAGGUGAAGAUUCGGCCCCGCUCACUGAUUGGCUGGUCUGAGGAGGAUAGUGAGGAAGAGGGAGACUCCAAAACUACACCCAUCAUCCAGUCAGAGCGAGCCGCUUUCCCUUGGAACAUUGAUGGAGAGCUGGUGGAGAUCGCUAAUGAUGUGAUCAUCAGGGUUCAUCCGAGGCUCAUCACUCUGUAUGGAGAGGAGGUGGAUGAGGCAGAGUCAAGCAUCACCUGCAACUGCAUCUGAGACCAGCGACUACUGUAGCACCGCUUUUCAACCUCCGGCA